AGGAAAAUGAAAGCAAAACACUCAAUUCUUUGACUGUAAAACUGAGAGCAGAAGAAGAGGCACCCCACACACCCACUGCUCUGGCUCCCCGAUGACUUCGUUUUGCUUAGAACCUAAGCCUGGAGACCUGAUUGAGAUUUUCCGCACUGGCUACAUGCACUGGGCCAUCUACGUGGGAGACGGUUAUGUGAUCCAUCUGGCCCCUCUGGGUGAAUACCCCGGGGCUGGGGCCUCCAGCCUCUUCUCCGUCCUGACCAGCAAGGCGGUGGUGAAGAGGGAGCGCCUGCAGGACGUGGUGGGGAGCUGCCGCUAUCGCAUCAACAACAUCUUGGACCACAAGUACCGACCGCGGCCUGUGCACAAGAUCCUCAAGUCUGCAAAUGAGAUGAUUGGUGCAGAGAUGGGGUACAGCGUUCUGGAAAAUAACUGUGAGCACUUUGUCACCAAGCUGAGAUAUGACAAGGCCGAAUGCGGGCAGACAAAGGUGGCCAAAGUCCUCAUUGAAGGAGGAGUGGCCCUGGGACUUGGAGUUCUGGCUGUUAUGAGAUACUCUGUAUUGAAGAAGCGAUCUCAAAACCAGUGACAUCCUGAAGAAGCCCCAAAAUCCUUCAAUGGAGGCAGCGGGUGGAAGCCGUGCAGACCGCUCCCCCCGAGCUCCGCUCUCUGCCUGAGCCUUGCCCUCCUGCAGCCUCUAGUUUGCUCCCCGACUUCCCCUCAGACCCUGCCUGGAGGAUGGGCUGACCGUACAAGCCCGAAGAGUCGGCGGCUAGAUGGUGCUUCCAUAGACGGCUGCACCAGCAAGGAAGACAUUAGCAUUCAUUCAGCCCCUGUAGGUGCUCCCAGCAACUUCAGCCGUGUGCCCUUGGCUGGUCAGCUCUGUGACCGUGGGAAAUGCUCUUGACUCUCAGAGCCUCAGUUCCUUCAACGCUGAGGCGGGGGUCAUGACCCGCUUCCCAGUGACAUCCUAUGGAUCAGCGAAGAUGAGACGUGGACAGCCCUGGUCUAUCUGGUACAUCGUAGGUGCUCAGAAGAUCGCCUGCUGUCACUCGCCACUGUUGUCAAUAGACAUCAUUAAUGUUACCCUAGGAACCAAAAUAACAAAAACAAAAACGCAUCUUUCCAGGCUCUCCCUCAGGGGCCCCCCUUUUUGGGAAAGUAUUUCUUUCUUCUUUCUUUCUUUUUUUUUUUU